AUGACUGUUCCUUUGUUGUGCCCUCCCGAAAUGGACAUCUUUGUGCUCAUGCUCCCAAAAGGAUCUGGGCCAAAACACUUUGUCAACCACCGCAUGGCAGCAACAGUACACGAGGUGUUCGAGGAGAUUGCCCCGAUCACCACUACACCCCAUGGGAAAGUCACUGUCGUUGGAGUGGGUCAGGUCGGCAUGGCAUGUGCCUACAGUAUCCUCCAACAGGACUUCCGAUGUACUGUACAGAGCAUUUCAAACUUUAUCCCAGUGAUGGCAGCAUUCUAUUGCCCAAAUGGGUCUGGAAUCUUCUGGGAUACGCAGAAUGUGGAAAUCUUCAAAGGAAUUAUUCCUAACCUUGUAAAAUAUUCGCCAGACACUAUCCUCAUGGUUGUCUCUAAUCCAGUCGACGUUCUCACAUAUGUGACGUGGAAAAUCUCUGGUCUCCCCAAGGAACGUGUAUUUGGUUCGGGAACAAAUCUCGAUUCAGCAAGAUUCCGCUUCUUGCUGUCUGAAAAGCUGCACAUCGCUCCAUCUUCAUGCCACGGAUGGAUUAUUGGAGAACAUGGCGACUCCAGCGUGGCUGUCUGGUCCGGCGUCAACGUUGCUGGUGUGACCCUUUCGAACGUUAAACCCGAGAUUGGAGGAUCAGAAGAUGACGAACACUGGGAGCAGGAGAUUCACAAGAAAGUCGUAGAAAGGUAA